AUGCACGCAGUUGACGAAGAAGACGGAGACAAAGAGCGACUAGGGUUCUUCUUCGUGCACAAGCAAGACACGGCGUACAGCAACGGGUGCUACUACACCACCCCGGCCGGGUACUGGAGGAUCCGCGGCCGGCCGUCCCGCGUGAGGGAGGGCCGCUGCACCGUCGCCUUCAAGACGUCAAUGGACUUCUACCGUGGCAGGCUGCUGCACGGGUGCAGGACCCCGUGGAGCAUGUUCGAGUACAAGCUCAACGUGGACCGAGGCGACCUCAGGAACCUCGCGCAGCCAGAGGUACGCAUGUGA